GGGUUCAUCCUGUUUAUAGACGAUCUUCGGAGCGGCGGCCUCCGGUCAGCUGACACCGACCGACCAACCAGGAGCGGCCGCCGCUGUCAGGCGUCCGUUCAGCCUCUUAUCGGCCGGGCGCCGCCGCCUCCACCGCCGAGCCUCGCUCCAGACGCCCCAAACCUCACCGCCGGUCGUUUUCCGGAGGAUGAUAAUAUGUGGAUGGAGCCGAGGCUGAGCGGGGAUGGCGCGCCGUCCGUUUCCCGGUUCCUCCUCGGCCCCGGCCCCGUCCUCGUCCUCGUCCUGUCCCUACUGGCCGCGGUAGCGAGCGGCCACGGGUCCUGCCAGCACCGAGUCCCGGGUCCCGGCGAGGUGGUUCAUCACGUGUACUUGAGGCCUGAGCGCCUGACGAAGAGAAGCUCCCCCGAAGACCUGCAGCUAAAGAUCAAAAUCAUCUAUGACAGCAGUGUUGAUCAGCUUUCUGCAGACAAGAGGAGGCUGGUGAAGGAUAAGCUGUUUCCUCAGGCCAUCGACUACCUGCAGAGGGCUUUCAGCGUGAGGCGGCGGGUGGGACCAGUCCUGCUCAGCAGACAAUGUGCAACCAACCAGUACAUGAGAAAGAGAGAUGACCCUCAUCGGUACUGCCAGGAUUCCUGUGCCAACCUCACCAGGUGUGGCCCAGUCGUUGUUCCACAGCACCACCUGCAGCAAUGCAAGGUUUGCAGCGAGUCCGGGAAGUCAUGCGGCCCCGCCGGGCCCCCGGACGGCCCCGGGGUGGAGGGCUCCGACUUCGUGCUCUACGUCAGCGGCGUCACCACGGAGCGCUGCGGCCAGGAGAACAUCGUGGCCUACGCCGCCUACUGCCAGCUGGAGGCCGAGCUGGACAGGCCUAUAGCAGGUUACGCCAACCUGUGUCCAGUCAUGAUCUCCUCCCAGCCUCAGGAGUUCGAAGGCAUGCUCUCCACCGUCAAACAUGAGAUCAUCCACGCUCUGGGCUUUUCGGCCGGUCUCUUCGCCUUCUACCACGACGAUGAGGGCAAACCCCUGACGCCCCGUUUCGCCAGCGGCCUGCCCCCCUUCAACGAGAGCCUGGGCCUGUACCAGUGGAGCGAGGCGGUGAUCAGGAGGGUCAGCAGGCUGUGGGACAUCAGGGGCGGAGUGAUGGUCCGACACCACGUGCACGUGCUUGUCACCCCUCGCGUUGUGGAGGAGGCCCGGAGACAUUUUAACUGUCCCAUCCUGGAGGGGAUGGAGCUGGAGAACCAGGGAGGGACUGGAACUGAGCUCAAUCACUGGGAAAAGAGACUUCUGGAGAACGAGGCGAUGACGGGCUCCCACACCCAGAACCGGGUGUUCUCUCGGCUCACGCUGGCCAUCAUGGAGGACAGCGGCUGGUACCGGGCCAACUACAGCCUGGCCCAGAGGCUGGACUGGGGCCGCGGCCUCGGCUGCGACUUCGUCAUGAAGAGCUGCAAGUUCUGGAUGGACAGGCAGAGACAGAGGCGACACCUGGUGACGCCCUACUGCGACACUGUGCGCGCCUCCCCCCUGCAGCUCACCUGCAGACAGGACCAGCUGGCUGUGGCUGUCUGCAACCUCCAGAAAUACUCUCAGGAGCUGCCGCUGGAGUACCAGUACUUUGACGGGAUCCCCGAUGUGACCGACAACCAGCUGUCCUUCUUCGGGGGCGCCGUGGAGAUCGCCGACUACUGUCCGUUCAGCCAGGAGUUCAGCUGGCACCUGAGCGGAGAGUACCAGAGAAACUCCUACUGCAGAGUGGCCGAGAACCAGCCGGACUGGUGGAGGAACUACGGGGCGGAGCAGUACGGGCCGGAUUCCGUGUGCCUGUACCAGAAGUCAGCCUUCGUGAUGGAGCAGUGCACCCGAAAGAUGACCUACCCAGACUGGGGCUCCGGAUGCUACAAGGUGCUGUGCUCGGCUCAGGGCCUGACGGUGUUCAUUCAGGAUCGCUCCUUCCAGUGCACCCGCAAAGGUCAGCUGCUGAGCGUCAGCGUGCGGGUCAACGACUGGGUCUACAACGGCGUCCUGGUCUGCCCCGCCUGCACCGACUUCUGCGACGACUGCCCUCUCCCACACCAGCUCCCGCCCUUCAACGCCUCCCGGAGCAACCCCAUCGAUCCAUGCUCCGGUUCCCCAGGACUGGCCACCACUCUGUGGCUCCUUAUGCUCAACCUGCUUCCUCUCGUGGCCGGACUGCUGCUCUGCCACUACAGCUGAUAACACCAACGCGCACACAAACAAACUUGUUUUUCUAUAUUUGAGGGGACUUUGACCUUAAUCCUAAACCUUAACUGUCAUGCCCAAACCUGCCCCUUGCCCUGAACUUAUCCAUUUAGACCAAGUUUGACCCUAAGAUUUAUAUUAAUUUGAGGAACCAACAUUUGGUCCCCACAAAACGUUUUUGGACCUUACAAAUGUAGAAAGGCAAGUACACACAUACACACUCCACUCUAAGGUAGCUCAACUCUAUUCGGUACUGUAUUCCUCAGAGGAUUUGGCCAGCUCAUCUCCCUCCUCCAGCUGUCUUUAGUUUCCAUCUGCUGUUUCAUAAGCUGAAAAGCUCUAUUUUUUUUACUUCUUUUUAUUCCGCCGUGCUUCAUUCUUAAGGUCAGUUUUUUUUCUCCGUCGUCUUUCUUUUCUGGGGAUAUUCGCUCUUUUGUUCUUCUUUCGGCAUCCUCAGCUGUAACUAUAUCUCGGUACUGUCCGACAUCCCGUUCAGGUGUCGGUGGAUGUGUUUACAUGCACUUCAGUGACAGAGUUACAGUCAGCUUCCAUUUAACUGGGAAACCUCGGUGCUUUUCCACGGUUUGGAAUUAUGAGGACCUUUUUUUUAGGAAUUCUCCUGCAUUCACAGGUCCAUUCUGAUUGUCUUGUUCCGCAAAGCACAGAAGCCCAACAUUGUCUUAAGACCACCGUGUAUUUGGAUGGGUACCGAGUACUAAAACAGGAAAGCAUUAGUAUGAUUAGUGUGAAACAGACUGGAAUCACUGCAAUGCAUGUAAACGUGUCAUUUGAGUCUUCUGGAACGGUGCUUGGGUUCAUUUUUAUUGCAUGAGAACUUCGGAAUGGGACUGAUUCCUCUCAGUGGUGCAGCUCAAGCCUCACUAUGGCUCCCGGACUAUUUUCACGACGUCGUGGGAAUUUUUUUCUCACUUCUACCGACUGCAGACCGGAAAUCGUCUAUUUUUACCCGAACCCCGUCUUGCAUUUUAAAUACCAGACUAGACUGUUGAUCAGCCAAGCCCUUUUAGUUUUGGCUGCCUGACUUUUCUGAGUAACCGGGAAAAAACUGGGAACAAAAAAAGGGGGUUGUGUGCAAGUGGAUGUUCUUUUAGCUUUUUUUU